CGUAUGAGCUUUAGGUGGCAGCCAUGUCUUCGAGUAUGAGUUUGGGGAAGAGCUCUAGGGCACCCAUAACUAGUCUUACCGACGAAAAAGAUAUCAAGGCCGCUUUUAGUCUCUGUUUUAUGAAGCAUGUGGUGCUUGAUUCUGCAAAAGAGAUACAGAAAUUGGAGGACACGAAGCUCAAGUCUGUUGGCCAUAUUAGGGUAUACCCGAAUCCCGAAACCAAACCAAGGGCACUGCAAAUCGAAAAACAAGAGGAAGACACUGUCAAUGUUGCACAAGGCUUGUCCAGAAAGCAGCAACCACAACAAGGUCCUAAGCGGAAAGCGGUGCACACUGAAGAACAAGAAGCUAUGAAUGGAGCAAAACCACAGCAAGGUUUGUUCUAUGGAGACUAUACCCCUCCUAAUCUCCCACCAGUCCCAAGCCUACACAAAUUGAUUGAAAUUUGCAGCGAGCCUUUUGAGAAGCAAUUGACAUGUAGUGAUGUGAGGGAUGACCAGUCAAGGCUAGCUAUGAGCAAAGAAGAUGUGCAAAAGCAUCUAAUGCCAUUGUUGAAUGAGAGUGAAGAUCUUAACGAAGGAAUUGACGUGACGACUUAUGAUUUGGCCGGUAAGGAGUACCCCAUGAAGUUCAAAACUUGGGUGUCCAAGAUUCAUGUCUUAACUGGAGGAUGGAAAGUUUUUUGCCGUGAUCAUCAAUUGGUUCAGACACAACAUUUUGUCACAGUGUGGAUGUUUCGGAAUAUUGCAACCGGCAAUCUUUGCUUCGUAAUCGAGGUGAGAAGGUUGCCGGUGUUUGAAACCAUCAAGAGAAGAAGAAUAAGGCAGAAUUGAGCCACCACCAUUAACCGAAAAGGUUUAGUAUAGUGAUCACUGACCCUUCUGUUUCAGC